GCGAAAGUCAGAUCAUUCGCAAUUGAAACGUUUGAUUCAGUGGUCGCUGCACAAUGUCGAAUAAAUUAGUUCUCUAUGGCAUAGAUAUGAGCCCAUGUGUGCGGGCUGUCCAGCUAACACUGAAGGCACUGGAGCUGCCGUACGAGUAUAAGGAGGUGGACCUGCAGAGCGGGGAACAUCUCAGCGAGGAGUUCCUGAAGAAGAACCCCCAGCACACGGUGCCAGUGCUGGAUGACGACGGAACCAUUAUCUGGGACUCGCAUGCCAUAGUCAGCUACCUAGUGGACAAAUAUGCAAAGUCUGAUGAGCUCUACCCAAAGGACCUGGCCAAGCGGGCCGCCAUCAACCAACGUCUGUUCUUCGACGCCAGUGUCCUCUUUCCCUCCCUGGCCAAUGUGAGUGGGCCAUUCUGGGUGAACGGAGUGAAGGAGGUGCCGCAGGAGAAGCUCGACACCAUCCACAGAGGUCUGAAGCUGCUGGAAACCUUCCUGGGCAGCAGCAAUUUUCUCGUGGGCGACACGCUGACAGUCGCCGACCUUUGCUGCGGGCCCACAGUGACUUCACUGCCCGCCGCCGUGGAUAUCGAUCCUCUGGAGUAUCCCAAGGUGACUGCCUGGCUGGAGCGCCUCAACAAGGUUGCCUACUUUGAGCAGAUCAACAAAGCCCCAGCAAAGAACUACUGCGACUUUCUCCGCAGCCAGUGGACCAAGCUGGGGGCCUAAGUAUAUGCAAACACAAAUAAAGUCCAACCGAAACCA